GUGUCGCAGUACGUAGAUUGUAGGCGAUAAUUAAGUCGAUCACGUGUGCUCUGAGAAGUUGUUGAAUGGAAUUGCAACUCAUGAUGGAUGGUGGCGCGGAAAUCCUACACGGAACGAUGUGGUUUUCCAACACAUCUCCGUCAUAUGAGCAAUUAUCACCGGUUCAUCCAAAUAGAUGUGACGUUGUAGCUAACUCUCAACAGACCACAUUGGGGUAUCACAGUCCACAAAAUUCUUUAUGGCAAGAUAAGCACCCGCCGAAAAAUUCGCCAACUGGCGGUGAUCAGAUACAUGUGAACAGCGGCUCGCCACAUCUCUCGCCUUCUGGAUCUUCUCCGAAUUGUGAACAGAACAAUUCAAAACGCCGUUCCACGGAAUCAGACAUAACUGAACUUGAAAAGAAACAUAUUAGAAGAGAUGGAUCUAUCGGAAGCAAUGGCUCUGGUCAAGGUUGGUCCACGCAAGUGGAGGAACUUGCUGAACAUCUUGCCGUUGAUUUUGAUGGAUCAUUAUCCGCUCUUGCGGCAUCUGAUCUUGCAACAGCUGUCGCCUCUUACACUAAUAUGAGCGAAGCCCUCCUCACUUUACCAUCAUUAACAGUCUUCAAGCAGGAGGCGCCUUCGCCUGAGAAUCAACAUAAUCCUAAUUUAAAUCAUGUAUCGCAAAGGGCGAUCAAUACAGUGCCGACUAGCAAUGGAAAUGUCGGUUCCGUAGAGGCCGACAGCAACAACAAUGGACAAACCGCGGCUAGUCUCCACCAACUCUUGUAUUCCUCCAACGAGGAGUACCCGCCAAAUUCAAGCGCAACCAACCACGUUUCUUCUUCUCAACAAGGAAACGAAUUAAACGAGGAUUGCCGUUUUCAGUACGUCUUAGCAGCCGCUACCAGUAUCGCCACUAAGGUUAAUGAAGAAACGCUAACGUAUCUAAACCAGGGGCAAUCAUAUGAGAUCAAGUUGAAAAAAUUAGGCGAUUUGUCUGCCUAUCGUGGAAAGAUUCUAAAGUCGACGAUUCGCAUUUGCUUCCACGAGCGACGGCUGCAAUACACAGAACGAGAACAGAUGUUGGCGUGGCAACGCGCUAGGCCGGGAGAGAGAUUAUUAGAGGUUGACGUUCCUCUCAGUUAUGGUAUGGUAGAUGUCUGUCAACCAUCGCCGUCCAACAACAGCGUGGAGUUUAUGUGGGAUCCUACGAAAGAAGUCGGCGUUUAUAUUAAAGUCAAUUGCAUAAGUACUGAGUUUACACCGAAAAAGCAUGGUGGCGAGAAAGGCGUUCCCUUCCGAAUUCAAGUAGAGACUCGAUUACCAGGAGGACCACGUCUGCAUGCAGCCUCAUGUCAGGUGAAAGUCUUUAAAUUAAAAGGAGCGGACCGUAAGCACAAGCAAGAUCGUGACAAGAUAUUGAGACGACCUCCUCACGAACAAGACAAAUAUCAACCUAGCUACGAUUGUACCGUCCUCUCUGAUAUUCCUCUGGAAUCCUUAUCGCCUUCAAACUUGCCGACGCAGAAUGGUGGAAGCCCAUACGCUUCAACAGAUGCAAUAUCACCACAAACACGCACGACUAUCGGCGGCAAUUCCUCUCCGGUAGUCGCCCCAUUAGCACUUUCGGUUUCUAAUUCUGGUAUCGUACCAUUGGUUCCGGCUUCAGAUGCCGUGAAGGAAAACGUGGGAACGGCGCCGGCCUUGCCAUCGCCUGCAGCCAUAUUGCCAGAUCAACCUUGCAUUGAAGCUGAUGUUAGUUUGACAGCACACAAAGCUACUUCCCCGCAACAACUAAUCGAGUUUAUAAAAACAGGUGCCCCAUGUAUCACCGAAUUACCACCCGACGCAAAUGCCACGCAGACAACCGCCUGGCUUCGUGCCAGCCGAUUCAACGCGUUUGAAUCAACAUUUGCAAGUUUCUCUGCAUCGGAUAUUUUACGCUUGUCCCGAGAGGAUCUAAUCCAGAUCUGCGGCGUGGCAGAUGGCAUUCGAUUGUUCAACACAUUGCAUUCUAAAGCUCCGACCCCGAAGCUUACUCUCUAUUUCUCGUUGGAAAGUAAUGGCUCACUCUGGAGAGUCGCCUACCUCGAUACUUUAACGAGCACCGCUCUCACAAACAAGUUGCUCAAUGCUCUAAAUUUGCCUCACGACCGACUUCACUCAAUACUGUUCCUAGGACCACAGGGUAUACAUGUGUUGGUCACUGACGAGCUGGUAGCAAACAUGAAAGACGAGAGUAUGUAUCUUGUUGAGACUAUUAAAGAUCCGGCUAGCGAGCGUUACAAAUUAUUAAUAAAAUCA